CACGCUAACUUUUGCUUGCUCGCUCACUCACUCAUUUUCAUCUAUCAUGAAUCCUUUUUUCAAUAUUUCAAGAUUGAAUGGGUUGUUACAUGCUCUAAACAGAGUUCGAGUUCACCCCAUUUUGAGUCAGAGGUCUCGUUAUUUGUCCCAAAUUAUUCAUGAGAAUGUUGAAACUCACCCAUGGGAAUCCAUGGAGGGACUAAUGAGGUGUUCAGCUAAUUAUUUCCCUUUAACACCCAUUAGUUUCUUGGACAGAGCUGCUAAGGUUUUUAGAGACAGGACUUCUGUUGUGUAUGGUUCUUCUGUUAAAUUCACUUGGGAAGAGACUCAUAAUAGAUGUCUAAAGAUGGCUUCUGCUCUGUCUCAGUUGGGUAUUUCUCGUGGUGAUGUUGUUGCAACGCUGGCUCCUAAUGUACCCGCAGUGCAAGAGUUGCAUUUUGCGGUUCCAAUGGCAGGAGCAGUGCUUUGUACGUUGAAUACACGUCAUGAUUCAGCUAUGGUAUCUGUUCUCCUGAGGCAUUCAGAAGCUAAGAUCAUUUUCGUUGACCAGCAGUUGUUUGAUGUUGCUCAAGGAGCACUGGAUCUUCUUGCAGAUGCUAAAACAAAACCUCUUCUAAUAUUAAUCCCUGAUCCUGAAAAUCUACCGCCUCCUGUUGCUGCUCCCAAUGUUCAUGAAUAUGAAACUCUUCUGGCAAGUGGGCGCGAUGAUUUUGCUAUAAAGUGGCCGUUAACUGAAUUUGACCCUAUUAGUGUCAACUAUACUUCUGGGACAACGUCACAUCCUAAAGGAGUCGUUUACAAUCAUAGAGGUGCAUAUCUCAAUGCUAUUGCAACUCCUUAUACUCAUGAGAUGGGCUCUAUGCCUACUUAUCUUUGGACUGUUCCAAUGUUUCACUGUAACGGAUGGAGCCUUACUUGGGGCGUGGCUGCACUUGGUGGCACGAAUGUAUGCCUAAGACGUGUCUCUCCUAAGGACAUUUUUGAGAAUAUAUCCCUCCACAAGGUCACACAUAUGAGUGCUGCACCAACGGUCAUGAAUAUGAUUGUAAAUUCACCAAGAAGUGACCGCAAACCACUUCCUCACAAGGUUGAAAUAACGACAGGUGGUUCACCACCGCCUCCUCAUAUCAUUUCCAAGAUGGAGGAGUUAGGCUUUUCGGUAUCUCAUAUAUAUGGUCUCACAGAGAUUCAUGGUCCCUGUAUGUCUUGCCUUCAUCAGCCAGAGUGGGAAUCAUUACCUCCUGAUGAACGAUUUGCUCUGAAAGCAAGACAAGGAGUGGAGCACUAUUUUACGCAGGGAAUUGACAUAAGAGAUCCUGAUACAAUGGAGAUGGUUCCAGAUGAUGGAAAGACCCUUGGUGAAAUUAUGAUUAAAGGGAACACUGUGAUGAGUGGAUACUUGAAAAAUGUUAAAGCAACAGAAGAAGUGUUCAGAGGUGGAUGGUUUCAUACUGGCGAUCUUGCUGUGAGACAUCCAGAUGGCUACAUAGAAGUUAAGGACCGGAUGAAGGACAUUAUAAUCUCUGGAGGUGAAAAUAUUUGCUCGGUUGAGGUGGAAAGAGUUUUGGUCAGUCAUCCUGCAGUCCUUGAAGCAGCUGUAGUAGCAAGACCAGAUGAUCACUGGGGGCAGACACCUUGUGCUUUCGUGAAGUUGAAGGAAGGAUUUAGUCUUGGCUCUGAAGAUAUAAUCAACUAUUGUCGGGAUCAUUUGCCUCAUUAUAUGGCUCCCCGGACAGUCAUAUUUGAAGAUCUACCAACAACUUCUACGGGCAAGAUACAAAAGUUUGUCCUAAGGGAAAAAGCAAAAGCCUUAGGCAGUCUUUGUGAAAUCAAAAGAGAGAUUGCAGUCUGAAGAGUACUUGAGACUAUAAGCCUUAUUCUUGUAACACUUGUUUAGAAAUUUCCAACAUUAACUCUUGGCUCUUCUGUUUGUAAUCUUAUGCUUGAGGUCAUACAUAACAAAGCUUUUCUAUGAAUAAAAAAGGCUCAAGCAUUGUCAGUGUGUACAAUUGAUUAACUUGACAAUCUCUCUUCAUCCAGUGUUUUCGACUAAAGAGAAUUGGAACAACAUUUACUGUAUUUGUGUAGCUUAUUGCUUAAAAGAGUUAAAGGAUUGGCACAUACACAUAAAGCAAAAUCAACAAACAAAUUGCUGCAGAAGUUGUGCAAAUAAGUGGAGUAAUCAAUGGUACUAGAUACAUAAAAGAAUAUAAAUUACAUAAUGCAUAUUCAACGGAUACCAAAACAUGAAACUGAAUGAGGAAGGACACUUAUGUCUUUCAUCCGUAGAUUCAAACACUGCAAAUUAAAGCCUAAACAUAUCAUGAUAUGCUCAUUAAACUAAAACUUACUAGUCAAAAGGGGCAUUAUCAGUACCAAUAUUUGCUAUUUUUUUUGAAAAGGACCAACGACACAUAGGGCAUCGGUGGUUUAUCUCCAGCCAUUUGAUGAUACAAUGUAAGUGAAAAGAAUGCCAGCACGGUAAGAUUGCUAUGGUCUCUCCAAGGGAAGGAUCAUUGAUACAGAUGGAACACAUAGGAUGUACUGGAUCACCAUGUUUUAAAGUCCAUCUAUACAAUAUUUCAAACGAAAAUGGAUUUACACCUCUGUUUGUUGGAUUAGGAGGAGGAACAAUGGGAGGAAGACGAAACUCGGUGUUGGUAUUGAGAAGAACACGAGCACGAGCAGUAUUAAUAUCUUCACCAUCUUGUUGAACAUAAAUAAUAGUAAACGACAUUACUAUAGGCACAAUUUUACUAGCACUAUUUUGAGGAUCAUUUAUCUGUGAUGUAGCAAAAGUUGAAACCUGUUCAGCUACAUCAGAAGCAGAGUCUUCAGAGAUAC